AUGUCGCAUGCUUCCCGGACUCGCUCCAAAGCAACUGCCUCUAGUUCAACGACAGUCGCGAAGAAAGGAGGAAAACAAGGCAAGCCUUCUCCUCCAAAGAAAUCUCCUCCAGCGAAGAAACUCAAAAUCACUCCACCUGUAUGUUCUUCCUCUGAGGCUGAUCAAUCUGAAGACCCAUUUGGUGAAGCAGCCAAUUCUUCUGAGCACUCAAGUUCUGAGAGCACCAAAAGGUCCGAAUCUACCCAAGAACUUGAAGAUAUAAUUGCCUUUAAAGAACGCGUUGUUGAAUUAGAGGAUGGUUUUGAUGCAUCAAAUACUCCAUCUAAGCCUUCUGAACCUCUACCUUUCGAAUCCAAGGGAAAGAAGCCCAUGAUUUUUCCUAGUCCAAUUGCCUGUAAGGUUCUAACCAAAAACAUUGAUUCAGGUUCAUCUUUUGUUCCUCAUUCUCAUUAUUUUUGCUAUAAUGAUCAUGAAAGGGAUAUGGUUUAUUAUGCAAACCGUAAAGUUAUUUGUGAAAAGAAUUUUGAUCUUGCUGCUCAUAUGGUGUUUGGGGUGAUUGUUAAAGAUUUUGCUAUUGCUCUAAAUUUGCCCAUUGGUGUCAUUCCAGAUACCCUUGAAUUUGAUAAGGACCUAGUCCUUUCGGAGCUUGUAGGACAAAAGGUAUCAUGGAAUCCAAGCACAUCACUCUCCAUUACUGAUCUCACACACACCUAUGCUAUGCUUAUGCGGUUUGCACUGUCGAACUGGAUGCCAUCCUCUAAUCCAGUUGUUGUGUCUCAAGAAUUGGCAUUCUUUCUAUUUAAGAUUGGUUCUGGUGCACAGAUAGAUCUUCCUUCCUUAAUUAUGGACCAAAUUGUUUCUCUAAGGAAGGCGAAAAAGAAGGGUUUCAACCUAUUCUUUCCACAACUCAUCUUUAAGAUUCUGUCAUCUCAGAAAGAUGUCCUGAUGCCAAAUGAGUCAGUUGAGAUUUCUCCUUCUAGUCCCACAUUCAAGUCAUUUGAAGGGAAAGAUCAAGUAUCGAAGAAGUCCAAGUUCAUGGUGAUUCCCUCUGUUUCCACUGCCACUGCUGCUGUUCCAUCUGGUGUUGGUCCUGAGACAUCAGAAAUGCUCGCUGUCAAGACUAAUCUUACACUAGUACAAAAUCAACUUGGAACAUUGGAGGCCACUCAACAAGCAAUCCUCGCUCAGCUGACGGCCUUAGCCAAGGGUGUUUAG